AUGUUUAAAAAAGUGUGUUUUAUAUUAUUGUUUUUAAUAAUACUGGCCGAAUGUACACGGUUUCCGUCGCGCCGAAAUUCGAAAAAGGAAAGCCGCGCCAAAACUGAUAAAAAUGUGCGUGCUCGUGGAGAUGUUUUUGAAAACAUGUUCAGUUUAUACGAUCCGACUUUUUUAUCCACCGUGUGGCCUAAAAUACGAAAUGGCGUUCAUUUAACUUUAAGUAAUGAUUGUUUUAACGAUUCAGCGGUGUUUUAUGAAGAUUUUGCGAGAGGACAUCUCUGGGCAUACAUGGUGGCGGAUUCCUCAGGCCGAUAUGAACCCGGGGUAUUUGCUGGACAGGGCCUCUGGCUCGGUGAUAAACGACAAUGCUUCGAUCUGGAUAGGAAUUUGGAAGAAGCAUCAAAGACCAAGGAAUUGCCUGAAUUGGACUGGACUGCGGUUGGGUCAAAUGAGAACCGAGCCCAUCAUUUGGAAGAUACGAGGUCGAAAUUCCCACUUGCUUACUCCGUAGCCAAAAUUUAUAUGACCGUGAUCAAUGCUAACUUUGUACAGAAUUUCGAUCUAACAUUGGGUCUAUGUCUGCCUCGGAGCUGUGACCGUGAUGACAUCACAUCAAUCCUUACCUUCUCCAUCAUGCUGAAUGACAACUUGAAAUCCAAUCGAUCCCAUCCCAGAGUCAUCAAAAUGACUUCCCUGAGAGAGGUCACUGACCAUUACAAUUUCCAUCACGACCUGCCAGCCAUGGUCUUAUCAGCAAUCACACUCUCAUUAAUUCUCAUAUCCAUGGUAGCUACAAUAACAGAUAUAAAAAUCAUCAGAUGCAAGAGAACGUCAAGAUCCAUAUCGUUCGACUUGCAAAAAUACAAGAACACCGACAUAUCAAACAGAUUUCUUGACAUAAAAAGCAAUGAGUGCAUAGAUUCCAAUCGAUGUGGUGAUGUGUCUUUUACAAAUAAUUUCAAUAAUGGCAACACAAAUGUGGUUGGUGUUAAAAAUGUGAAUUUGAACCCGGCUCCUCCUGUUACGCUGGACGUAGUGUCUACGGAGCGAGUGACGGGCAGUUGUGACAGAUGCGGCAAGUAUAGAAGACAAUGCAAAAGUCCAAAAGAAGCGGUCAACCUGCCACCUUGUCCUAGAGUUAAAUACAGCUCCGUCGCCAGCCUCACCACUCAGGAAAUAAGAAGUUCAUUGACAAAGAGGUUGUUCCUCUGCUUCUCCCUCAAGUAUUGCCUCAUGAGGAUCUUCAAUACCAACAUGGCGAAUAAAGAUAUGUCCAUGAUGCAUCUGGUCAAAAUUGUCGCGACCCUCUGGGUUAUAUUUGUUCAUGUGGCUGUCAUUGUUAGUUAUUCUACAGUAAAUACUUCGAGUAUACACCAUCAUGACGAUAUGUAUUAUAUACUUGCGACUGGAACUCUGGCGUUUGAUACGUUGUUUUUUGUGAGCGGCCUCUUCAGCGCCCAUCACUAUUUCUACUUGCGGAGUCACUACACUGUUGAAGAGUUGGUUAGUUUCGGCGGAUUCUUCGGACAGAUUCUGCAAUACAUCUGUUUCAUUACUAACAGAGCUGUCAGAUUACUGCCAUCAUACAUCUACACGAUAUUCCUAUCGGGUGUCCUAGCCCGGAUGUCUUUAAGCACAUCCCCUCUCACCCCACCGGACGGUGACCAUGUCAACUGUGACAGCUACUGGUGGCGUAACAUCCUCUACGUCACUACCCUUUAUCCCGUGGGAGAGGAGUGCAUGCAAGUCUCCUGGUACCUCAGCACUGAAAGUCAGCUACACGUGAUCGGUGCUUUGCUCUGUGCCCUGGGAACCGGUCGAAGGGGGAGGGUAAUAGCUUCGCUGCUGAUGACAGCUAUGUUGGCAACCACAGCCGCCGAUGUUACCGGCGCUUACAGGGAUUACGUGUACAGUAUGCCAGGAGUGUUCUCAGCGUACUCGACCAUCAUAAACCGGCCCUGGGCUCGAGUGGUCCCGUACUUCACCGGGGUCAUCGCUGGCUGGUCGUUGUACAAGACAGACGGUGUCAUUAAGGUUUCUAAGAUGGCACGUUCCUGGCUGUGGCUGGUGACUCUGACAUCCCUGUCGCUGUCGCUGAGCCUGCCUUGGCUGCAGCCGCGCUGGGCGGCGGCGUGGCUGCACCUCACGUGGCCGGCCGCUUUGAUGUGGCCCGCGCUUUUAGCAGGCACCAGGUAUAAAGCAACAACUCGUCGCAUACUAAACAAUAGUAUGACGUGUGCCCUUAGUCGUCUCACAUACAGCGCACUUUUGCUACAUGGCCCAGUAGCACGAUAUCUGCUCCUCGACACAGACACUGCUCUGUGUUCGCAAACUCUUUGUAUUUGGUCGUAUUUUGCCGGCACAACGUUGCUGACUCUAUUUGGGGCGCUACUGCUUUCACUGUUCGUUGAAAUUCCGUUUUGCUGCAUAUUGAGAAGACUGUCGGACUGCGCCAACAAAUAG